CCUAUCGGCAGUCAAGCUAUAUCCAAACGACGUCAGUCGAUUCUCGUCGUUCGACUUGUGUGCGACUCGUUACGUUAUUUACUCCUGCAAAUAAUAAUAGUUUAAUUAAUAGAAUUUUUUUUUAUAUAAAAAAAAAUUUAAGAUAAAUAAAAUAAUUCAAUUAAUUGUAAUUAAUUUUAUAGUAAAAAAUUAAUUAUUAAUUAGUAAAUUAUUUAUUUCUAAAGAAAUUCUCGAUAGUUCACAAAAAUGGUGUUCAAAGGAAUUUUCAAGUUGCUAAUAAUUCUCAUCUCUAUAACGAAUAUCUUCGCACAACCCACGACUAAUGAUGAUAGAUGGACACUUAGAGUUCUUCAUACCAAUGACAUGCAUGCAAGAUUCGAACAAACUUCAGCAUUAUCAACUAAGUGUGUACCAAAAGAUGCAAAAGCAGGCAAAUGUUACGGAGGAUUCGCAAGAAUAGCAACCCUCGUAAGACAAGCAAAAAAUUCAAGCGUUCCUACGUUAUUUUUAAAUGCAGGAGAUACAUAUCAGGGAACAGCAUGGUUUACUGUGUAUAAAUGGGAAAUCGUAUCAAAGUUCCUUAAUCUUCUAAAACCGGAUGCAAUUUCUUUAGGAAAUCAUGAGUUCGACGAUGGACCAAAAGGAUUGAUUCCAUUCAUUAAGAAUGCCAUGUUUCCUAUUGUAACUUGUAAUUUAAACCUCACUGGAGAACCUCAACUAGCAGCUACAAAAAUAAAAAACAGUAUAAUCUUAGAUGUAAAGGGAAAGAAAGUUGGAAUAAUUGGAUAUCUUACGCCAGAAACAAAGUCUAUCUCAAAUGCUGGGAAUGUAAUUUUCUUGGACGAAAUUGAACCCAUCAGACAAGAAGUAAAAAAGCUCCAAGCCCAAGGUGUUGAUAUUUUGAUUGCUCUUGGACACUCCGGGUUUAGUACAGAUAAGAGAAUAGCUGCUGAAGUUGAUGGUUUAGAUUUAGUUAUUGGAGGACAUACUAAUACUUUUCUUUACACUGGUAAACAAUCAGAUAUAGAAGUACCUGAAGGUUUAUAUCCUACUGUGGUCACUCAGAAAAGUGGCAGAAAAGUUUAUGUAGUCCAAGCAUAUGCAUAUACAAAAUACCUUGGUGAUCUUACCAUUGAUUUUGAUUCUAAAGGAGAAAUACAAAAAAUUAUGGGAAAUCCAAUUUUAGUUAAUAGUAGUAUCGCCCAAGCUCAAGAUAUUCUCGAUGAACUAGAUAAGUGGAGACCAGCUAUUGAUAAUUUAACUCAUACUGAAGUGGGAUACACCAAAGUUCUUUUACAAGGUAAUUCUAAAGAAUGUAGAAGACAAGAAUGUAAUCUAGGAAAUCUUAUAGCUGACACUAUGGUUGAAUAUGUAGCCAAAGAGUAUGGUGGCUCUGAUGGUUGGACUGAUGCUGCAGUUGCUAUUUUUAAUAGUGGAUCUAUUAGAACAUCAAUAGACAAAACGUCAAAUGUUUCUGUACUGAUGAGUGAUAUAUUAGCAGUAUUACCUUUUAAUAAUGUAAUUGGAAAAGUUAACUUGACUGGCAAACAAUUGCUAGAAAUAUUAGAAUUCAAUGUUGAUAGUCUGGAAGAUAGUCCUGCUGUUGAUCUGAAAGGAAAAUUUUUACAAGUUUCAGGAAUUCAGGUUGUCUAUAAUUUAUUGAAACCAGUUGGAUCAAGAGUAGCCUCUGUACUUAUUCGUUGUGCCAAGUGUCGAGUUCCAGAAUAUGAAAAGUUAGAAGUAAAUAAUACUUAUACAAUUAUUAUAUCUGACUUUCUUCACGGUGGUGGAGAUGGUUUUGAUAUGCUCAGAAAUCAUCCAUGGACCAUAACUGGAAUAACAACAGAUCAAACAUUAGUAGAGUAUUUCAAGCAAAAGAGUCCAGUAUAUCCGGGAGUAGAAUGGAGAAUAAGAUUUGAUAAUAAACAGGAUAACAGUACUACUGGUAGUGCAAGUGGUCUUUAUUUAUCAAAAGCUGUUAUAGUUUUAAUAGCUUUUUUUUUCAUUUCUAUUUGAAUAAAAUUUUGUACUAAUUUGAAUUAGUAAUUAAUCAAGGACUAAUCUUAGAAAUUUAUAACAAAUGUACUAUUUUUACGUAGAUAUAAUGUGUUAACUGACUGAUACAAAGUCUGUUUUCUGUAAUAAAAAUUAUUUUUACA